AUGGUUAACCUAACUCUCCGAGUCCUCUCUCGUCCCGACACCGCGAAACUCCCUGUCAUCGUUCAAAACCUCGGUCUCGAAUACGACGAGAAAGUCCUCCCUUCGAUCGGUAACGAAGUUCUGAAAUCUGUUAUGGCGCAAUUCAAUGCUGAUCAGCUCCUUACUGAACGUCCUCAGGUUUCUGCCCUUGUUAAGGAGACUCUUGUCCGACGUGCUAGGGAUUUUAACAUCCUUCUCGACGAUGUGGCGAUCACACAUUUGUCUUUGACAAAUGCUGUGUUGGCUAUGGUUAAGGCUGCAGUUGAUACUGUUGAUUUUGAGCUUCAUAGUGGAACUCAUCCUAGACUUGGAGUGGCGGAUCAUAUAUGUUUUCACCCUUUGGUUGAUGCUUUGUUGGAUCAAGCGGCUAGGACUGCGAGGUGUUUAGCUUCUGACAUGGGUUCUAAGCUACAAGUUCCUACUUUCUUAUACGGAGCGGCGCAUGAAGAGGGGAUGAAACUUGAUUCAAUAAGAAGAACAUUUGGUUAUUUCAAGCCAAACUCUAGCGAAAACCAAUGGAUUGGGGUCUCCAAAUCCGACACUUUGUCGCUGAAACCAUAUAGUGGUCCAUCUCAAGUGACUCUGUCAAAAGGCGUUGUGGUCAUUGGAGCAACCAAUUGGGUUGAUAACUAUAAUGUCCCUCUGUUAUCUUCUGAUAUCAGUGCCGUUCGCAGAAUUGCAAAACAGAUUAGUGGAAGAGGUGGAGGGCUCGCUUCGGUACAGGCCAUGGCACUUACACACGGUGAAGGUAUAAUUGAAGUAGCUUGUAAUUUGUUGGAUCCAAAGAAUGUCGGUGGUGAAAGAGUGCAGCAUGAAAUUGAACUCCUUGCAAAGGAAGAAGGUAUUUCUGUGGAAAAGGGAUACUACACAGACUUUUCAGAGGAAGAAAUUGUUGAAAGUUAUUUGAAUCUGUUUGAAGAGAGAAUUUGA